AGUGUUGCCAGAUCGCAGCAAGGUUCCCAUUCAAGCAAAGAUAUAUAAAAAAAAAAACAAACAUUUACAAACAGCCACAAGACGCAAUGCCGCGGAAAUAAUUGAAAAACUAACAUAUAAAAAAAAAAUACGUACUCCAACGUACUUGCAAUGCCAGACACUUAUGGUCAGUUCGAUGCUGAGCGCGUCUGUCGUGUUUGUCUGCGCGAAGUGGGCGAUUUUUACUUUAUCUACGAUGAAGCGCCCGUAGAGCAGGGUGCGAACAUCGCUCAGAUACUCAAUGAAUGCACACGGUAUACGUGUGAGCGUUACGACAAGAUGCCGCAUCAUAUGUGCGACACCUGCAUCAAGGCCGCCUGCCAGGCGUAUCGCUUCAAGAGGGACGCUGAAAAAGCAUAUCGCUCGCUUGUGGACAUACUGGGCCGCACACCAGUUAGCAAGCCGAACAGUAGCGAUAUGUGCACCCAGACCGAGCAACUGCCCAUGCUGCCGUGCGGCAUCUGCAACGAUAAGUUCUUAAGCAUUAUUGAAGUGCGUCUGCAUCGGAAUCGUCAGCACAAAAACGUGGCGGAGCUCAAGUGCAAACUGUGCGACGAACAGUUCCAGCAAUUGCGACAGCUGCUUAACCAUCUCGUGGAGCGACAUGAUCCCAAGUCGACCACAUCAUUUUUGCGUCGCCGUCGCGAAUGUCGCGACUGCCAACGCGUCUUCUCGCGACGCGAUCAUUUGCUCCGUCAUAUGCAGGCUGUGCACAAUGUGGAGGGCCGUGGUCGGCGCCGGACACUGGCCGCGGAGCAGGAAGUGCAAUCUGAAACAUGGCCGCCUAUCGACGAGGCAACCAUGCACAGCGCCGACGAAUUGGUUUCGGCUGCCGUCUUAUUUAAUGAUCCAGCUGCGUGCUCUGAUGGCGAGAACGACAACGAUAAUAACGAGAUGCGCUAUCAAUGCCAUACGAAUCCCAUAUCAAGCAACGACGACACUGAAGAUGAAGAGAUCCAUGCGGAGGCUAAGCAAUCCCUGUGGCUGCACAUUAAGCCAGAGCCGGAGGCGGACCUCGAACCGUAUCCGGAGUCAUUUGUGGCACCUGCAAAUCGCGUAAUGCGCCGCAAAAAAACAAAUCUCGAACGUGCCACCCACACUGACACAGAGGAUGAAAAUGAAGGCCUGAACAACCAGAAAAUUACGACCAGUGUUUUGGCAGCAGAGGUUAAAGAGGAGCCACUGGUUACCGGCAGCGAGCAAGAGUUACCGAUUAAGCUGGAACGCCAGCGCGCUGAUAGCGUCAAUGAUGAUGGUGAGUAUGAGAUGGACGCCUCAUCAGCAAAUAUUUACCAUAGCGCAGAUGAGGAGGACGGCGAGGAAGAGUUUGCCAAUGACGAGAGCGACAUUGAUGAAUACGACGACGAAGAUGACGACGAACCGGAUGCCGAGCAAAAGACGCCAUCGGAAGACAAGUCUAAGCAGACCCAAGCGAAAACAGUGCGCGAUUAUCUGCAAAAGCCGACAGCUGGCAAGCAGCGACGUCGUCGUCGCAAAAAGCAGAGUGAUUCGGCGGCACCGAACCCGGAGAACCGGUGCGAUGUCUGCAUGCGCACAUUUUCCCGCCACUGUCAUUUGUUGCGCCACAAAUUGUCGCAUUUGGAAAAGAAGCCGCACAGCUGUCCCCACUGUCCCAAGGCGUUUGCGCGCAGCGAUCAUUUGAAGGCGCACGUGCAAAGUUUGCAUGGCAACAAGGAGCACAAGUGCGUGCUGUGCGAGGCAGCGUUCUCCCGCCUCGACGCCCUCGAGCGGCACAAGAUGAGCAAGCACAACGGCGAGGGCCUGGACGCCAGCAGCGAGCUCAAACUACAGAUGAGCGAGCAUACGUGCGAAUACUGCUCCAAGCGAUUCUCAAGCAAGACCUACCUGCGCAAGCACACGCUACUCCACACGGAAUUCCUUUACGCGUGCAAGAGCUGCGACGAGACAUUCAAGGAGCGCCAGCAGCUACGCAGUCACGAGAAGACGCACACCGGUCAGCGCAAUUUCCUCUGCUGCAUUUGCGGCGACAGUUUUGCGCGCAACGACUAUCUGCGCGUCCACAUGCGGCGACACAAUGGCGAAAAGCCAUACAAGUGCCGUUAUUGCGUUAAGGCCUUUCCACGCGCCACCGAUCUUAAGGUACAUGAGCGCUAUCACACCGGCACGAAGCCCAAUCUGUGCAAUACUUGCGGCAAGAGUUUCCAUCGCGCAUACAAUCUGACCAUACACAUGCGCACCCAUACUGGCGAACGUCCAUACAAGUGUGACCAGUGCCCAAAGAGCUUCAGCCAGAGCAACGACUUGAAGGCGCACAUACGACGGCAUACUGGGGAGCGCUACAAGUGCCCGCAUUGUGAUGCCUACUUUCUGCAGCUUUACCAUAUGCGCAAUCAUUGCCUCAGUGCCCAUAAUAAGCAUAUUGAGACGAAAACUGGUCGGCUACAACGCACUGGUCUGCUGGACGAGUCCAAUCACACGCAUCUUACCACUGUGGUCAUGCCCGCAACACGUUCGCACCCAUCAACGGGUGAUCCGCCAGCGACAGUUAGCACACAAUUGCCCGCAGCGUCGACAGCGCCUGCGACAAUUGCAACGCCAAUUAUGCAUUCCCCGGUGACAUACAAUAUAUCAUCACCAGCAUCAGUGUCGGUGCCAGUGCCGGAAGCCGCCGGAUUUGUGGGUGUUGCGAACAAUGCAAGGGCGACGGCAACGGCAGCGCCACCCUUUGGAGCAUUUAAUAUACCUCCCGUGGUUAUGGCGCAUUUAAUGUACAAUCAUGGCAGCAACAGUCAGCAGAGCAAUGCCAGCGGCAGCGAGACCGGAAAAUAACCGAGACUACACUAUAAAAUAUGCAAGCAAAUCUUCAGUAUGCUAUUCCAACAUAAUUUUAAGUUCUCCUUGUAUAUAUGUACGACGAUAUGAAAUCGAGCCUUUACAACAAUGCACUAUGGUCCCAAAGUCGAUAUUUUGGCAUAGACCCAAAUAGUUGAUAGGACAGAAUUUAAAAAAAAAAAGAAGAAAAAAAAAUACAUUUUU